AUGCGAGCCAUGACGAAACAGAGUGCCGGCAAUGAUCCCUUACUACAGCUAUUUGCCAUGCUGUGGGAUGCAGACAAAGUGUUUUUAGCCCAGCUUCCCAAUCUCGUCGACGAGCUACAGCGAUGCGUUGACCGCGACCCUGGUCAGAAGGGCAGAAUGUCGUCCUACGUCGCCGGGUAUCUCUCCGACCUAUCCCUCAUUGGACAAAUCAUUGGGCAGGUAAAGACCUGCUUUCCAUGGGCUGCGGGUUUGGAUAUGGACAUGAGCCCAGAGAAGAGAGGUCCGAGCUUCGCUAAAGCAUCGGAAGAUGCAGCAACUGUCUAUCAAUUUUUCCGUGAAGACAUCACUCCGAACCUCGCACGCAUCGUCGUGCCAUUCUCAAAACACCUGAAAUAUCCCAUCGAAAAGGCCAACAGCGUGACAAACGUGAAUGCCUGUCGUCAAGCUGAAGCUCAACUGGAUAGGUUGUGGGAGGUCGUCGAUGCGCAUUUCCGGAAACAUACCGACAAGACACUUCACGAGAUAUUCCUCAGUCAUGAUAUGAAAGCUCGAGAGAUCCAUCGUACUCCCGAAUGGACACCUCCGCCAAGAGUGUCCCAGCCGAAUGACAAGGGGAAAGAAAACGAAGCUCUUGGUGACUCAUUUUCACGCCUUAACGUCGAACCCGACAAACCGAGCAGCUUCAAAGGACCCGAAGUAUUUCGAGCACCCAAGAUCAAAACUCGCGACCCAUGUCCCCUGCCCGAUUCUAGCAACGCAACACGAGCCCUGCCCAACGUUCUGACUCCGCCCUUCCCAGUCUUCACCCUGCCGCGACGCGCUUACAAAGUCUUCGCCUUUCUCUUCCCGACAUCCUCUAAUCCCUCCCCAGGCGGCGGACAUGCCUGGACGGAUUUCCUGCACGCAAUGACAAGCAUCGGCUUCGCAGCGGAGAAGUUAUAUGGCUCCGUAUGGCAGUUCACUCCAUUGGAUGGAUUGGAUUGGGAGAACACGAACACUCGGGGAAUUCAUAUCCACGAACCGCAUCCAACGCCGAAGAUGGGACUUGGCUCGGCGAGACGGGUUGGGAGACGAUUGGAACGGAGGUACGGACUUAGCGCAGAGAGGUUUGCUUUGGCGUGA